AUGACUCAACUAGGAACGGCCUCAGGACAAUCGGCAUCAUUGGAUCAAGUAUGUCUCCGGGACCUACAAACGACCUACCCUUACGAUGAUAAAGAGCGUAUCAAGAAAGCCAACGGCGGAUUGCUCAAAGACUCCUACCGCUGGAUUCUCGACAACGAGGCAUUCAAACAAUGGCAAUGCAACCAAAGCAAUCGUCUUCUCUGGAUCAGGGGAGAUCCUGGCAAAGGCAAGACGAUGCUUCUGUGUGGAAUCAUCGAAGAGUUGACACGGUUAUAUGGUGAUGGUGCGACCAUCUCGUUCUUCUUCUGUCAAGCAACCGACAUGCGAAUCAAUAGCGCUACAUCGGUCCUACGUGGAUUGAUAUAUUUACUUGUCAAGAAGAACUCAUCGCUUCUCCGCCAUGUCCGUGCUCGGUAUGACCCCACUGGGAAAAGGCUCUUUGAGGAUAUCAACGCGUGGAGUGCUCUUACAUCGAUCUUCACGAAAAUCUUGAAAGACUCAUCUCUGAAAGAUGCCUAUAUUGUGAUUGAUGCGUUAGAUGAGUGUCAAGACGGUCUCCAAGACCUUCUGGAUUUGGUUGUCGAAAAGUCAUCGGCGCAUCCACAGAUCAAGUGGGUAAUCUCUAGCCGGAACUGGCCUGAUAUUAUCGAGCGUCUCGAUGCUGCUAGCCAGAUAGCUCCGAUCCUAUUGGAGCUAAACGAAGCAUCUGUGUCUGAAGCUGUUAAUGCAUUUAUUCGACACAAGGUAGACUUACUCGCGAAGAACAAGGGAUAUAAUGCCGAAACUCGCGAAAGGAUCAGGUGUCACUUGUUGUCAAACUCACAGGGAACUUUCCUUUGGGUGGCCUUGGUCUGUAAAAGCCUUGAUAAAACACCGCGGCGGCACGCUAUAAAGAAUCUCGGAACAUUUCCUCCUGGACUUGAUGCUCUAUAUCACCGAAUGUUCGAUCAAGUUUGCGAGUCAGAAGAUGCAAAGCUCUGCAAGCAAAUCCUGGGUACUAUAUCAACAGUAUAUCGCCCUAUCACGCUGAGCGAGCUAGGCUCCCUUAUUAAAGAGCGAAUUGAUUGCUAUUAUGAUCUUACUACCCUUUCCGAGAUUGUUGCUGUCUGUGGGUCAUUUCUAAUAUUACGAAACCACACCGUCGCAUUUGUUCAUCAGUCUGCAAAGGACUUCCUACUCAAAGAGACACGCACUGAGAUACUCCCUAGAGGGUUAGAAGGUGAACACCACGCAAUCUUUUCCCAAUCUCUGGAGGUCCUUAAUAAGACACUUAGACAUGAUAUUUUUGAUGUCAAGCUACCAGGAACUUCCGCCAAGGAUGUUAGCAUACCCAGCCCGAAUCCACUCGCGACAGCUGAAUACGCCUGUAUGUUCUGGGUGGACCAUCUUUACGCAUGUAGAUGUAACGCCAACUAUGAAUUGAGUCGGAACGAUAGAGAUUCAUUGGAUGGAUUUCUGCAGCGGAAAUACCUCUACUGGCUCGAGGCCCUGAUAUAUUGCUCAUCUCUCGUCUUCAGCCCAUCAAAGAGCCUCACCAGAAUUUCAUUCCAGCAUGAGAGACCGAAUUGGGUGUUGAAUAGUCCCAUGGUGGAGGAAGAUUGGAGUUCCUGUCUUCAAACUCUCGAGGGGCAUAGUGGCUCGGUCGACUUGAUUGCCUGGUCGCCGGAUGGCAGCCGACUUGCAUCAGGGUCGGAUGAUAAUACAGUCCGGAUCUGGGAUCCAGCCACGGGUCAGAGCAUGGUCACUCUAGAGGGGCACAGUAAAUGGGUCAGCUCGAUUGCCUGGUCGCCAGAUGGAAGCCGACUUGCAUCAGGGUCCUCGGAUAGAAGUGUCCGGAUCUGGGAUCCAGCCACUGGUCAGAGCGUGUCCACUCUUAAAGGGCAUAGAGGUUCAGUCUUUUCGGUUGCCUGGUCGCCAAAUGGAAGCCGACUUGCAUCAGGGUCGGAUGAUUAUACGGUCUGGAUCUGGGAUCCAGCUACUGGCCAGAGGAUAUUCACUUUUGAAGGACAUACUGGUCCAGUUUCCUCAAUUGCCUGGUCGCCAGAUGGAAGCCGACUUGUAUCAGGGUCCUAUGAUGAUACAGCCCGGAUCUGGGAUCCAGCCACCGGCAAGAGUAUCUCUGCUCUCGAGGGGCAUAGUGAUUUGGUCAGCUCGAUUGCCUGGUCGCCAGAUGGAAGCCGACUUGCAUCAGGGUCCCCAGAUAGAAGUGUCCGGAUCUGGGAUCCAGCCACUGGUCAGAGCGUGUCCACUCUUAAAGGGCAUAGAGGUUCAGUCUUUUCGGUUGCCUGGUCGCCAAAUGGAAGCCGACUUGCAUCAGGGUCGGAUGAUUAUACGGUCUGGAUCUGGGAUCCAGCUACUGGCCAGAGGAUAUUCACUUUUGAAAGACAUACUGGUCCAGUUUCCUCAAUUGCCUGGUCGCCAGAUGGAAGCCGACUUGCAUCGGGAUCUUCUGAUAGAACUGUCCGGAUCUGGGAUCUAACCACCAGUCGGAGCAUAUCCACUCUUGAGGGGCAUAGUGAUUUGGUUAAGUCGAUUGCCUGGUCACCAGAUGGAAGCUGGCUUGCAUCAGGGUCCUCCGAUAGAGCGGUUCGAAUCUGGGAUCCAGCCACCCGUCAGAGUAUGCCCACUCUUCAGAGUAUGCCUACUCUUAAAGGGCAUAGAGGUGCAGUCUACUCAAUUGCCUGGUCGCCAGAGGGAAACCAACUUGCAUCAGGGUCGGAUGAUUAUACGGUCCGGAUCUGGGAUCCAGCCACCGGCCAAAGCAUAUUCACUCUUAAAGGGCAUAGUGAUUUAGUCAGCUCGAUAGCCUGGUCGCCAGAUGGAAGCCAACUUGCAUCAGGGUCCUAUGAUGAUACAGCCCAGAUCUGGGAUCCAACCAUCAGUCAGAGCAUUUCCUCUCUCAAUAAGCAUAAUGAUUUGGUUAAGUCGAUUGCCUGGUCACCAGAUGGAAGCUGGCUUGCAUCAGGGUCCUCCGAUAGAGCGGUUCGAAUCUGGGAUCCUGCCACUGGUCAGAGUGUGUCCACUCUUAAAGGGCAUAGAGGUGCAGUCUCCACGAUUGCUUGGUCGCCAAAUGGAAGCCGACUUGCAUCAGCGUCCUAUCAUGAUACAGUCCGGAUCUGGGAUCCAGCCACCGGCCAGAGUGUAUCUACUCCCAAAGGGCAUAGGGAACGCUGGAUUACCUGGUCGCCAGAUGGAAGCCGACUUGCAUCAGGGUCCUAUGAUGAUACAGUCCGGAUCUGGGAUCCAGCUACCGGUCAGAGAGUGUCCACUCACAAAGGGUAUAGUGAAACGUUCUACUCAUUUACCUGCGCCUGGUCGCCAGAUGGAAGCCGAUUUGCAUCCGGGUUCUCUGAUUACACAGUCCGGAUCUGGGAUCCAGCCACCGGCCAGAGAAUAUCCACUCUUAAAGGACAUAGUGGUGCAGUCUCCACGAUUGCCUGGUCGCCAGAUGGAAGCCGACUUGCAUCAGCGUCUUCUGUUCGACCAUCUUCUGGUAGAACAGUUAGAAUCUGGGAUCCAGCCACUGGCAAGUGCAUCUCCGUUCUCAAGGGGCAUAGUGAUUUGGUCAGCUCGAUUGCCUGGUCGCCUGAUGGAAGCCGACUUGCAUCAGGGUCCUCGGAUAGAACCGUCCGAAUCUGGGAUCCAGCCACCGGCGAGAGCAUGUCGACCCUCCAUACUGGCCUCAUCAGCUUCCUUAAAUUUGAUCAAGCUGAUUCAAAUCGUCUGCACACCAGCACUGGUACAUUUGACACAAUCUCAGUGGCUCUUGAGACGUCUGCGCCUGACAGCUUCAUCCAACCUUUCGGUCAUUGUGGAUACGGACUAAGUGACGACCGUUCCUGGAUAACCUGUAAUGGACUCAACCUCUUGUGGCUGCCCUGGGAAUACCGCCCUCCUAGUUUCCAUCACUUUGCUAUAUAUGCAAACACAAUGGCUAUUGCUUGUUCAUCAAAUCGUAUCAUCUUUCUCGCGCUUCCAAAACAAUGUCCCAUUUUUACGCUUUGA